AUCUGCAAACGCAGUUAAAUUUACUGGACGUCUUAACACCUAAGUUAUUCACGAGAAGUCCGCCGAAACAAAAACUCAUCUAAUCAUAUUUAAAACGAAUUCCACUGAAAAAUGUUUCAAAAUCUAGUGAUGACCGGAUUGACUCCAUUAUGUAACACGAAUGAGAUUCAAGACUGGGAUAACAGGCCAUUCAACGGGAAAUGGCCUGAAAAUCAACGUAGUUCCGUCCGAGGUGCCGAUGUCAAAAAAACAAUCAGGAAGAAACCCAAGCGAGUUCGCACGGCCUACUCAACCGAGCAGAUUCGAACAUUAGAAAAGAUAUACAGCACCACCAAAUACAUCGAUGCCAAGCGCCGCAAGGAACUCGCAGGCACCCUCAACAUUGGAGACAAGGCUCUGAAAAUAUGGUUCCAGAACCGGAGAAUGAAGGAAAAGAAGGAAUCGUCAGAAUCCAGCUGUGACACCUCAUCCGAUAUUGUAAGCUGCCAGUCUCCAAUACUUACAAAUGAUCGCGUGGAGCAAAAUGUCGAUACGCACAUUCCCUACCAAAAUAUCGGGGUAUCUUACGAACCUGAUCAGUACCAGUUUCCUACUUUCUAUUACCAAGAUAGCGCAACUGGACAAUGUUAUCAAAAUGGAUAUAAUAAUGGAUAUGGAUAUGAGCCAAAUUCCCCCAGUUUCGGUGUUGAUACUUGUGUUUAUCCGACUCAGUAUUAUCCUAUAGACAAUCACUAUAAUGUAGAAUGUAACGCUUAUAACCAGGCUCAGAAUGCUUAUGGAAUGGAUAGUUGGUUUGCCAAGUCGUAUGAUUUUAACUGCUAUAACCUGCAACAAGCGGUAGAUUAG